CAGUGCGGCGGCUUCCUCCCCGACAGCUCGGCUCCCGCACCGCGAAGGCGCCGCGUGGAGCGACUCGCCGUCAUCUGGCUUCACAUAUGACCACCGUUUUGAACCGCUUCCGGAGCUCCGUCGCCUCUUCCAACGCGUGACGGCCGAGGAGGAGGAGGGCAGCGUUCCGGGAGGAUGCCCCGCGCCCUGCUGCGCGACCUGAACGCCGCUCUGUCUUGCAUGCUGUGCGGGGGCUACCUGGUGAACGCCGCCACGCUGGUCGAUUGCCUCCACUCCUUCUGCAAGGUGUGCAUCGUGCGCUACUUGGACACCAGCAAGCUGUGCCCCAUCUGCGACGUGCCCGUCCACAAGUCCAGGCCGCUCAGCUGCCUCAGGGUGGACAAGACUCUGCAGGACAUCGUCUACAAGGUGGUUCCGGGACUCUACCAAAGGGAGAUGAAGCAGCGCCGGGAGUUCUAUGACCAGCACCCCGACGCAGCAGCCUCCAAGGUGCCGUGCCUCGAGGACCGCGGCGUGGUGGAGGCCUCUAGCAGGCUCAUCUUCAGCCCCCAGGACACCGUUAGCGUGUCCCUCGAGUACUUCACCGGGGAGUUCUUGAAGGCCCAUAAACAGAUUUUCGUUUGA